CAAGUAUAUAGAAUCUUUGGAAACUACCUGUGUAUAAUUUUGAAGAGCUUCUGUAGAUUUGCUACGUUAAGAUAGCUAAAAGUGGAACAAGCUGCCAUGGCAACCUCUAAAGCCCAACAAUUCCAGCUAAUUGAAGGGAUGGAGCUUCAGAUCACUGUCACUGGGUUACCGAAUGGGAGCAGUGUAAGAGCUGAGUUUCACCUUAAGAACUGCACUCGCACAUGGAUUCUUCAUUGGGGUUGUAUUUACCAAGGAAAUAACAACUGGUUUGUCCCAUCUGAACAUUCCUCGAAGCAAGGUGCAUUGCAGACUCCCUUUGUGAAGAGUGGGAAUGCUUAUGUAGUGAUCCUUGAGUUGCGUGAUCCAAGAGUACGUGCCAUUGAAUUUGUUUUGAAAGAUGGUAGUCACAACAGAUGGUUGAAACAGCAUAAUGGAAACUUCCGUGUUGAGAUUCCCUGGAAUGAUCUGCAUGUUCAUCAUCAGAUACCGAAGAAUCUGAUAGAAAGAAGAGCACAUAAGAUAUGGGACCGGAAGGGCCGACCACAAAGCUCUGCACGUGAACAACAGAUAGACUAUGACAAUGCAGUAAGAGAGCUCCAAACCGAGCUCGCUAGAGGAAUAUCUUUAGACGACCUUCAGGCUAACUCUACAGUACCAGUGGAGAAAGAAGUAACCAGUGAGCCACAUCAAACUAUGAACAACCAAUCAUAUCGUCGUAAGCAUGAUGUUCAGAAAUGGUUACAGAAAUAUGCCGAACCAAUCAACAGAAAUGGAAGUGUUAAAAGUUCAACUCUUGUUGAACUCUCCAAGAGAUCUGUAGGCCAAGAAAAUGUAAUUUCACAAAAAAGCUUUCAUGUCAGAAACUACGAAAUCACGGUCCUCCAGAGGAAUGUUAAGGGAGGUUGUCGCUUAUGGGUUGCCACAAACAUGGCAGGUCCAACAGUUCUCCAUUGGGGAGUCGCAAAGUCAUCUGCAGGAGAGUGGUUGAUUCCACCACCUGAUGUGUUACCUGAGAAAUCAAAAUUUGUUCACGGAGCAUGUCAAACACAUUUUACCGAUAUGUCGAGCAGAGAACACAAUUAUCAGUUUAUCGAUAUAAAUUUAAAACGAGGCGGUUUUGUUGGUAUCCAAUUUGUAAUAUGGUCUGGAGGCUACUGGUUAAACAAUAAUGGAGCCAACUUCAUUGUAAACCUGAAAUCAGCAGACAGUACCAGUGAUAAGCUUGACGUGGAUGGAAAGUAUAUUCUCAAAUGGUUACUUGAUGAAAUAUCUGAGCGAGAGAUAGAGGCUGAGAGAUCAUUGAUGCACAGGUUCAACAUUGCAACAGAGUUGACCGACCGUUGUAAGGAUGAAGGAGAAGGUGGAUGUAUUGGUAUAAUGGUGUGGAUGAGAUUCAUGGCCACCAGACAUCUCACCUGGAAUAAGAACUAUAACGUGAAACCUCGGGAAAUUAGUGAAGCGCUAGAAAGAUUCACCAAUUUGAUGGAGAAAAUAUAUUUGCAGCAACCAAAUAAGAGAGAAAUUGUGAGACUAACUAUGGCACUUGUGGGUCGUGGAGGUCAAGGUGAUGUUGGGCAGAGAAUCCGUGACGAAAUCCUUGUUAUUCAGAGAAAUAACCACUGCAAAUCCGGCAUGAUGGAAGAGUGGCACCAAAAGUUGCACAACAACAGUAGCGCAGAUGAUGUGAUAAUUUGUGAGGCUCUCUUAAACUAUGUGAGAUCUGACUUCAGGAUCGAUGCCUACUGGCAAACACUAAAGACUAAUGGUCUCACAAAAGAAAGGCUUGCAAGUUAUGACCGCCCCAUAGUAUCAGAGCCUCGUUUCAGAAGUGAUGCUAAAGAAGGACUCAUCCGUGACCUUACAAUGUACUUGAAAACAUUAAAGGCAGUUCAUUCAGGUGCAGACCUUGAGUCUGCUAUUGAUACGUUCCUUUCUCCAUCUAAGGGUCAUCAUGUCUUUGCUGUCAAUGGUUUAUCACCAAAAUUGCAGGAUCUACUGAAUUUAGUUAAGAGGCUUGUUCGCGAAGAGAACACUGAGUCCCUAAUAGAGAAGUUAGUUGAUGCUCGCAUUCAGUUACACCCUGCACUACGAGCACCUCGUACGAGGGCAAAAGAUUUACUAUUUCUGGACAUUGCGUUGGAGUCGUGUUUUAAAACAACAAUAGAGAAGAGACUCAUCUCUUUAAACUUCAAUAACCCACCGGAAAUUAUAUUUGUCAUCUGCGUGGUGCUUGAGAAUCUGUGCUUAUCUACAGUUAACAAUGAAGAAAUCAUCUUCUGUACAAAGGAUUGGUACCGUAUCAGUGAGGCUUACAAACCUCAUGAUGUUCAGUGGGCAUUGCAAACAAAAGCGGUUCUUGACCGUUUACAACUAGUACUUGCUGAUAGAUGUCAGCAUUAUUUUACAUUAAUACAGCCUUCUGCAAGAUAUCUUGGUCAACUGUUACGUAUUGACAAGCAUGGGAUUGAUGUUUUCACUGAAGAGGUUAUAAGAGCAGGGCCAGGAGCCGUUUUAUCAAGUCUUAUAAACAGAUUUGAUCCUUCUCUCAGGAAAAUCGCGAAUUUAGGCUGUUGGCAGGUUAUCAGCUCGGCUGAUGCAUAUGGGUUUUUGGUUUGUGUCAAUGAGUUAAUUGUUGUUCAGAAUAAAGUCUACUCGAAGCCAACUGUAAUUAUUGCAAGUAAAGUCACAGGAGAAGAGGAGGUCCCUGCUGGUGUUGUAGCUGUGUUGACUCCUAGUAUGAUUGAUGUCUUGUCUCAUGUCUCUAUUAGAGCAAGAAACAGCAAGAUAUGCUUUGCGACAUGCUUCGAUCAGAAUGUUCUCAGCAAUCUGAAGUCGAAGGAAGGGAGAGCAAUAUCUAUUCAUACAAAGUCUACUGGUUUAGUUAUCAGUGAUGGCAACAACUCUGAUGUCUACGUUCGUCAUGUUUAUAUUUCCUCUGUUCCACGGGGAGUGAUCUCCAAGGGGAAGAAGUUUUGUGGCCACUAUGUGAUUUCAGCUAAGGAAUUUACCGAUGAAAGGGUCGGUUCAAAAUCAUACAAUAUCAAAUUUCUACGAGAAAGAGUUCCAUCAUGGAUCAAGAUACCUACCUCAGCUGCUCUUCCAUUCGGAACAUUUGAGAAUGUACUCUCAGAUGAUUCCAACAAGGAAGUAGCACGCAGGAUUUCUACCCUUAAAGAUUCUCUUAACAGAGGAGACCUGACAAAACUUAAGGCGAUUCAAGAAGCUAUAUUACAAAUGUGUGCUCCAAUGGCUCUGAGAAAUGAACUGAUGACAAAAUUGAGAAGUGAAAGGAUGCCUUAUCAUGGGGAUGAAUCAGGCUGGAACCAAUCCUGGGUGGCAAUUAAGAAGGUCUGGGCUUCAAAGUGGAACGAGAGAGCUUAUGUCAGUUGCAAAAAAACUAAGCUUGAUCAUGAUGAGGUCUGCAUGGCGGUGCUGAUUCAAGAAGUCAUAUGUGGCGAUUAUGCUUUCGUCAUUCACACAAACAAUCCGGUCUCUGGUGAUUCUUCAGAAAUAUACACAGAGAUUGUGAAGGGUUUGGGAGAGACCUUGGUUGGAGCAUAUCCAGGACGAGCAAUGAGCUUCAUCACCAAGAAAACAAACCUCAAGUCUCCAAUGGUGAUCAGUUACCCAAGUAAGAGGAUAGGUCUGUAUUCUAAACCCUCAAUCAUAUUCCGAUCAGAUUCAAACAACGAGGAUCUUGAAGGCAACGCAGGCGCUGGACUUUACGACAGUGUGAUAAUGGAUGAAGCAGAGGAAGUAGUGGUGGAUUACUCAAGAGAGCCGCUAAUAAUGGACAAAUCCUAUCAAGUGCGUCUGUUCUCAGCGAUUGCAGAAGCUGGAAAUGUGAUAGAGACACUCUAUGGUUGUCCUCAAGACAUUGAAGGUGUUGUCAAAGGUGGACAUAUCUACAUCGUCCAAGCUAGACCCCAAGUUUAAGCUCUAUCUCUUGCUAUUUCUACCAUUCCCUAAAUUUUCAAACAAAUCUUAUAAUUUACAAGGUAACUUUUAUAUGUUUGCUAUUACAUGUCAUAUUUGUAAAUCAUGGCACAUUCCUGAUACAAACAAACAUAAUAAUAUGUUCAAAACCACGAUUGUGUGGGUGUAAGCUUGUGAUAAAAA